UCUCACCUUCUCUCAUCCUCCCCGCUCCUUCUUUCCUCACCCUUGUAAAUAAGCAAGGUAAAAUAAUAAUAAUAAUAAUAAUACGCACAGGAUGGUUAUAUAUUUUCAACUUUUGGAUUUAAGAAGCUAGUACAUUCCGGUUGGUAAUAUUAGCUCUCUGUGGAAUCAUCAGUUACUAUAGCGGGGUUUGCAAAGAUAGCAUAAGUAAAUGAGACAAAGAAAAAAAAAUGAAGAUAAAGUAAGUAAACAAUUAGAUCUAAGAAUAACUGAAUAAAUGAAUGAGUGAAUUAAUAGAUUAAUAAAUAAAUAAUCAAACAGAAAGUUCAUUAUACACUAUUAUUAAGAGAUUAAUGGUGAUUCCUCUAACGAUCUCUAUUUGCCGACCAAAGCUGACACAACUCCAUAGCACCCAGACACGCCCCAACACUAAUACACUUCACUACACCCUGACACCCUAACACAUAAUGAAGCACCCUACAACACACCCUAACACAUAAAAGUACACCUAUUAACACACCGUAACAUACCCUGACACGCCAUAAUACACCCUAACACACCCUAACGAACCCGGAUACAUACUAACAUAAGAGAACACAUUAAAAAAACACCUUUAAACACACCAUAACAUUAUGAUACACCUUAACACACCCUAACGUAUCUCAACACACCCUGCUCCUAUCACCCUAACCACCAUGACAUUUAAAUCACCUGGUGGCCGUAUUCUGAAACGCUUUACUCUCUCUCUCUCUCUCUCUCUCUCUCUCACCGCAACUAUUUUCAAAAGGCCACAGAGAUGACUAGCCGGGUUCCCACGCGUGUUUCUCCUGUUCAUAAGGCAGAAAUCUCAUUAAUCUAUCACUGGAACCACAAAAAGCGCAUUUAGAACCCGUGUAGCUUAAUCUAGAGCAACUGGAAUGAACGUAAUAGUGCGGCGCAGAAGUGUUUCAAAAUAUGAUCCCUGUGGCAUCCUGCAGGGCGAGGACAAGGGGUUAGUGUUAUCUAGGAGGCCUGUGGACACUCGCUUCUAGUUAGCACCGGCCCGUCUCUCUACCCCGCCGCCCUAUGUGUGAUAAGAUAGUGCCAACAUACCUCCAGGCACACGUACGAGAGAGAGAGAGAGAGAGAGAGAGAGAGAGAGAGAGAGAGAGAGAGAGAGAGAGAGAGAGAGAUCCGUUUUCUACAAGUAUAUUUGAUUGUGUUUUUGUUUAUUUUAAUUUAUAUUUAUAGUAGCGUCAGUCAGCUUGCUAAUCUAUCUAUCUAUCUAUCUAUCUAUCUAUUUUGUAUAUGCGAUUGGAUUCUCCUGCUUUCUUUCGAGUUUGUCAAUCGGAUUUAAUUCACCGUAUCGUCACUCAUUUGUUUUGUGUGCUGAGUACAUUGUUUGUGGAAUGCUUAUCACUGGAUUGCACAAAGAAAGGAAAAGAAAGAAGAGGGGGAAGAAGGGGAGGAGGGGAGAGAGGGAGCGGAGACAGUAAAGGUGUGGAUGGAGAGAGAGAGAGAGAGAGAGAGAGAGAGAGAGAGAGAGAGAGAGAGAGAGAGAGAGAGAGAGAGAGAGAGAGAGGAGCAGGGUAGAGAUAAAGACAAUGUUGUAACAGGUGGAUGCAUUGUGAAUUAGUUAUCAGUCACGCCUCUAUAUAAACACAGUUAUCAUCACCGCAGCCACAGUGCCUCGCUUCUUCCACCAGAUCCACGCGGGAGCUGUUUUGAGCCACUCUCCUGCCUCGGGUGCGUCUCGGCGCGCCCAGGUAACUCCCAGUGCCCAGGUACAGUGCAAGAGAGAGGAUGACACUUAUUGGUAAUUAAUGUUGGUAAGGCUCAACACACACACACACGCACACAUACACACACACACACACACACUCUCUCUCUCUCUCUCUCUCUCUCUCUCUCUCUCUCUCUCUCUCUCUCUCUCUCUCUCUCUCCAACAAUUUCUACCAGAGCUUGUUAAAAUCCCUCUAGAAGUAUGAAAUUCUUAUAACUUCCACUAGAGCCUGUUGAACUAUCAUUAGAAGCAUGGAAACUCACUUGAAAACUCCCAUAACUUCUACUAAACCCUGUGAAAUUAGCAGUAGAAGCAUGAAAACAUAAUUGAAAAUCCCAGUAAUUUCCUUUAGAGCCUGUUAGAAGUCGAGAUAAGACGCUGAAGUGUGUGAGAAUACAGUGUUGGCAAUUGGCAUGAUUACUGGACGGAGAUGAACAAGUAAAGCGUAACGCAGAAAUAACGCAAAAUCAAUCGCCAUUCCCUCAGUCGCCUGAACCAUUCGGUCAAAUUAUAUGAAGCAUUGAUUUGUUCGCCUGGCUCAGUCGACUGCGGGCUGGUCUGUCUCCACACGCCGCGCAACCUCAGCUAUCCAUCAGUGAUUAUCAAGCUUUCCUCAGGCAUCGGAGAAUUCCUUUUCAUAACCCAGGAACAACAACCUGAAGAACAUAAAAAAGUACUAUAUAAAAUGUGGAUGAAAAGAGGAAACAAAAGAAGACAAAUGAUACAAUAAAACAUCAAGCAAAACCAGAAGAAUAAUUAAGGAGAUGUCGAUACAAAAACUGUAGCUCCGCAUCUGCAUCUUCAUCUACAUUUAUCUCUCAGUUUAAUGGUUGAUGUAUUUUCACUGAUUAUGUUGUUGCGUGACAUUAUAGUGCAUUGGGUUAGGCACGGUCCGGUUAGGUUAGAUUAAUUUUGAAAGGAGCAGGAAAGGAAGGAUAAGAAAGAACAUGAAAUAAAUCGGUGAACAGGCGGGUGUGAGGGCCGGAGCUGCGCCGCGUCCCCCGUCAGCGUUCUGUCCCGCUGUCUCUCAAGUACUUCGAAUGAAAUCUACAUUUAUAGUUUGUUCGUUUUACUUGGGAUGCUUAGGGUCGGCAAGGCUGCAGAGAGAGAGAGAGAGAGAGAGAGAGAGAGAGAGAGAGAGAGAGAGAGAGAGAGAGAUUUUGCUCGCGUCUUGUAGCCUAAUAUUCUUAAUGUAAUCAUGUUUCUCGAUUUUCUAUAAUUUCUAUUUAUUUCUUUUUAUAAAUUAGUUUUCCAUUCUGUAGACUUUUUCUAUUUAUCUCAUUUAUCUACUUAUUUUUUUUGGUUUGCAAGAUGUGAAUGUUUACAGUGCCAUUGUAAUUAGUGACUGAAAAAAAAAAAAACUUAAAAUUUCUCUCGUUCAGUUCUAUAAAUGGUUUCUUACGUUCCAGAACAUUAUAAUUUAUGUAACGUGCCACAGUUGUUUGGGAGAAAUGGAAACGUAACCAAUCACUUAGCUUAUGUAACAAUUACACAACCACACGUGUUCGAGCCUCUGAGAGAUGCUCAAACCAGAGUCGGAGAGAGUUCAUGAGCUCAGUUCGCGGAAAUACUUUGAAGGGUGAGGGUGUUCGCGUGUGUGCCGCUGGGAGUCCCUUAUUACGAAGUGUUCCUCCACCUGUGCGUCUCGGGAGCUUUGUGAAAGCCACCACGCCGCGGAGAGAGGGAGGCACCACCACCACCACUACCUCCACCUCCUCCUCCUCCUCCACAAAUAUGCAGUAUAUAAAGACUGGGGUGCUGAGGUGAAGCUCCUGAAGACCACUACAGCUACUCCAUCUCUCCCACACACACCCUGGCUUCCUCCCCCGUGGGUGUGCCAUAGCAGCAAGUCCUGGGAAGGCUGAUGCAGUCCACCACCCACAUUCCUCAAGUUUCACACUACCUUCACACUAUCUAAAUAGUGUCAAGGAUAAUAACCUUGUGAUUUAAAAGGACUUCAGGAAUUAGGACUAUUUUAGUACCAAAAAAUAGCAUCUGGUGAAUUUCCAGUACUCAGGUAUUGGGUGAAGGAAGGAGCAAGGUUUGGGCAAGUGUGUCCAGUAGGCCUGUGCACUGGUAGGCUGAGCACAAAGUUUCCUGUGGUGGUCUGAACAUGGCAGUGCGUCUCCUCAGUGCUGCUGAGCCCUACUUGUAUGUCACAAAUGCAGUUGCUUUUCCACUUGUGGGUCCUCCGAAAAAAGGCGACUCUGACCCAGUCGUGCUGACCUCUAUUUCACUGGCGGUGACUGUUGGGAUCCUGCUGCAGUAUUAUCUUGAUGCCAAAGUGUCAGGCAGGAGCCUGGCAGAGGAGCAGGUGGAGGUGUAUGAGGCGGUGGCAGAGAAGCUACACACUCAGUUUGAUCUGGACGGGCGGGCGUGUGUCCUCAGGUUCAUCUGUGAGCUGCAGCAAGGACAGCUGGGGCACAGCACCGUGGCAGGAAAGAUCCUGACUGUGCUGUUCACACCUCACACCCUGAAGACAGAGGGCCAGCCGUACCUCGCCGCCAAGGGUCUGGGCCGCAGGAAGGAUGCUGCGUGUGCCUCCCAUUACAGCUCCUGCCCCCACAGUGUCUUCCUCUACUUUGAGACACUCAGGAACCUCACCACCACAAACCCACACAACAGACAUUCCUGAGCAACCUUUACCGUCAGCAGUGCCCCAGAUAACUUCACUACCAGUAACCAACAGCCCAGACAGUUCUUUCUGCCCUCAUGCCCAGAGCACCUUCACCACUCAGCACUUCUGACACUCCUGAGUACCCUCAUAUCUCUACUCCCAUGCCCACAACAGCUUCACCACUUCCUCACAGCCCAGCGGUCUCCAUGCUAUCUUGUCAUCACUUGUCAUUCUUUCAAAGUAUCGUAGGCAAAGUUUUGGUUCUUAUCUCCAGCCUGUACCUCUAGUCAGUUUUUUGUGGAUUAAGAGUAGGUUCUGGAAUAUUGGAGAAUACAUGAGAACAUAUACCACAAGACCUGUCAGUCUAUAAGAAGGCCAUCUGUUUGUCUGUUUACUAAUACUAGUGAACUACAUGUGGAAGAACAGGGUAGAUACCGAACAAGGCUGUGAAUGUGCUAGUUUCUGGUGUUUUCCUCAUAAAAGUCAACUUGUUUUGAUACUGAAACAUUGCAUAUAUAUAUAUAUA